CCUACUCGAGCUCUCAUUGCAGUAGGAGGGUCCAUGUGCACACAAUCACGUCGCUACGCAAGUCUGUCUGAGUCCUCCGCUGUUUUUAUUAGUCUUCAGUUGGGCGCCUUCAACAAUCUAGCAGCAAUGUGCACGUAAACAGAAAACUGUCGACAGGACGUUUCGGUGAAGUCGCUGUCGACCGUUGUACGCGUACAGUGCGCUGUCGUUAAGGAUCUCGCGUCAUGCGCGCGGCAGUGUGCGGUGCGUUCAGCUGUCACAACUGGAACUAGUAUGCAAGCAGUCGCAACACUGGGAAUACUUCUAAACACAACUUAACGGCACUGUUUAGUGCCAUUUUCUCAGUUUUGUCCAUUGGAUUACUUGUGGCCAGCAGAAAAGAUAACUGUCAAAAUUGGAUGUUAUAACUACGGUUUAUCAAAUGGUCCAGGUAUGGAGACUAAAAGAUACCAAAGUUACUCCGAAGGGGCAACUCCAGAAAAUAAAUGGGCACAGAUGCCAAACACCAUGGAGUAUUGCUGUUCUGCAGAAGAGAGUUUAACAAACAGUGAUGUGCUCAUGGAUAUUGUAAACUCGAGCAAUGCCCCUAAUGCGCCGUCUGCCUGCAAGGACAACAACUUUAAGACUACCCAGACAACAGUGCUUAGAGUUAACCAGAAUCAACCAUUUCCCUCCUUCAACAACUCCUUCAACAACCGCAAGUCAGAAACAGAUUCAAAGGAGCUCUCCAAAACGGUUGCUGAGUCUAUGGGUUUGUACAUGAAUGCUGCCAGGGAGGCAGAUUUUGGCUUUGCCCAACAUGGUACUGUGGGUGGGCAGGGUAGCCCAGGGAAACUGUUUCCUCUUUGUGGGAAAGCAAUUGAAGACAGCCAGUCCAGAACAACUGGGAGCCCAAAGAUGAAAGCUCCCCCAGCUUCAUUCCCACCUGGGUCCCAACAAACCAAUGAUGGCCCUCAGGAUUGUGCUGUAGUCUCUGGCUCAGUGCCCUCUGCAAUGACCACCGUUCUUUCUCGCAGCACUGAUGGGUCUGGCCCCAUGUCUAGUCCUACAGGACACAACAUGGUGUCGUCCACUACCAGCCCCACCUACUUUGAUUCUGACUGUCCGUCGUUGGCUUCUGCCAGCACCAACUUGACCCAAGGUCACCACACCAGCCCCAACACCUGUAGCCCUGCAAAAUCCAGCAUGGUGGGGUCACCUCCACUGGCUAGUCCACUCAGUGUUAUGAAGUCUCCGGUUUCCAGCCCUCAUAGUAUAGGUAGUGUGAGGUCACCACUUUCAUGUAACACCAAUAUGAGAUCAUCUGUCUCAAGUCCAACAACAAAUGGAGGCAAUACCUGUAACAUUAGACCAUCCAUCUCCAGUCCGCCCACUGUUGGCAGCAUGGCCAUGUCCAGUCCCAGGAACUCAUCAAGGGGAUUCUCUGUCUCUAGCCCUUCCAGUGGAUUGGGCCUAGUGCAAAAUGAUGCCAACAGCCCUGAGAGCCAAGAGCAUGACUUCAAGGGAUUCGAGUUUCCGAAGGUAGAGAACGUGGAUGGGGAAAUAUUUAACAUCGGAUUGGAUGCUAUGGGAGUGGCCAAAUACAUCAAAAAUGAACCUGGGACUGAUUACAGGAGCAUGUGCCUAGGCAGCAGCAAGAGCGCUAUGCCACACUCUCCAUUUGUGACUCAAAUUAAGACGGAGCCAAACAGAGAGGUAACUUGUUCGAACCUCCAUUUUGUUGAGCCGCAACACUCUCUGGGCUGCUUUCCUUCUGCAGAGACCACAUACUUGUCUUUGAGGGAUAAUAUUGACGAAUAUAGUCUUUCUGGGAUCUUGGGACCUCCUGUUUCUUCUCUUAAUGGCAACUAUGAACCUGGUGUGUUUCCUAACAAUAGCCUGCCCAAGGGGAUUAAACAGGAAACCAAUGAUGGCAGCUAUUACCAAGAGAAUAAUAAUGUGCCCACGUCGGCUAUUGUUGGUGUUAAUUCAGGUGGACAUUCAUUUCAUUACCAGAUCGGAGCGCAAGGAACAAUGUCGUUUUCACGCCACAAUUUGAGAGACCAGACGAACCCCUUGUUGAAUCUAAUUUCUCCAGUUACUGGAUUAAUGGAGACGUGGAAAACUCGCCCAGGGUUGUCACAGGGGCCUCUCUCUGUCAGGGGGGAUGGCUAUCCAGGCCCAGUCUGCCUUACAGAAAACAUGGAAAGUGCGUCUUUGAGACACACGUCUUCGACAGCUAAAGUGUGUCUGGUGUGUGGAGACGAGGCGUCAGGAUGUCACUAUGGGGUUGUUACAUGUGGAAGCUGCAAAGUUUUCUUCAAAAGAGCAGUAGAAGGUCAGCACAACUACCUAUGUGCUGGGAGGAAUGACUGUAUCAUUGACAAGAUUCGACGGAAAAACUGCCCAGCUUGCAGAGUACGGAAGUGUCUACAAGCCGGGAUGAAUCUUGGGGCACGGAAGUCGAAGAAGUUGGGAAAGAUGAAAAGCGUCAGCGAUGAUUCUUCCCUGCAGAACUCAAAGGAAGGGCCUCCGUUUCUGACCUCCGAGAAAGAGUUGAGCUCGUCCACCGCUCUCGUCCCCCACGUCCCCGCGGUAGCACCGUUUCUGUCGCCAACCGUGUGUAGUGUCUUGGAGCUCAUAGAGCCUGAAGUUGUGUUCGCUGGAUAUGACAACACACAGCCCGACACAACCGACCACCUGCUCACCAGCCUCAACCAGCUCGCCGGCAAACAGAUGAUCCGAGUGGUCAAGUGGGCCAAAGUACUUCCAGGUUUCCGCAGUCUACCCAUUGAGGACCAAAUCACGCUGAUCCAGUAUUCCUGGAUGUGUCUCUCCUCCUUUUCCCUCAGCUGGAGAUCCUACAAACACACCAACGCCCAAAUGCUCUACUUCGCCCCUGACCUCGUCUUCAACGAGGAACGUAUGCGGCAGUCAGCCAUGUUUGAUCUGUGUGUGGGCAUGCGGCAAGUGAGCCAGGAGUUUGUCCGUCUACAGCUAACUUAUGAGGAGUUCCUUGCCAUGAAGGUCCUGUUGCUGCUCAGCACAGUGCCCAAAGAUGGUCUGAAGAACCAAGGGGCAUUUGAAGAGAUGCGGGUGAAUUACAUCAAGGAGCUUCGCCGCUCAGUUGGGAAAGCCACUAACAAUUCCGGCCAGACAUGGCAGCGCUUCUUCCAGCUCACCAAGCUAUUGGACGCCAUGCAUGAACUUGUGGGGAGCCUGUUGGACUUUUGUUUCUACACUUUCCGUGAAUCCCAGGCUCUAAAAGUUGAGUUUCCCGAGAUGUUGGUGGAAAUUAUCAGUGACCAGAUACCAAAGGUGGAGUCAGGCCUAACAAACGUCCUCUACUUUCACAAGAAAUGACUGAAAGCUUGCAAAAGGAGGGAAAAAUGAAGGAUCGAAUGAGAGAAAAAACAAGAGGACUCCCAGCCCUCAGAGAGCGAAAAAGAGCAAGCCCGCUAUGCUUAAAGGAAGGCGUAACGCGAGGCUUGGUUUAAAGCCAUAUAAGGCUUGCGUAGUGAGGGAUGGCAAAGAGUGAUCUCUGUACCCGGCCAACAGAGAAGAACUCAUAUUUCAUGUGACUGAGCGUUUCGUACCCCCAAAGACAAUGCUGACAAUGUUCUAUAUGGAUAUGAAGCCAUAUUCUUUGGUAAAGCUAUAGUGCACAGUCACAUGUGAAUACAUCACACACACACACAGUAAUAUGGGCCCACAUACUAGACAUAUCCUUGACUCCCAGACCUGUCAAUCUGCCAGUAAAUGCCAUUGCAUUAUGUAAAUCUCAUAAAAUGAGAGAUUCAGUAACAAAACUGCUCGUUGUAGCUGUCCCCAAACAAAUCACUUUCAAGACACGGAAGAUUAAAUUGUUUGCAAGACGAAUUGAGAAAGGACAUAAUCAAGGGCUACAAAACAUUAAAUUAAGCUGAAUCGUAAUUGGUGCAUAAAAGUUAUUGUAGAAAGAAUUGAAUCUAAAUUUAUCUGCAAAUGGCAUCAAAUGUAUAUUUUGCUGACUUGAAGUGUUUACAUGGAGAGAACUGGCCACGCUGAUGGAGUGCUGUGGUGGCCCGAUAAUUGAUACGCUGAAAAAUGGCAGCUCUUGGAUAUUAUAGCAAAUAUUAUGGCUCAUCUUGUAAAAAAUUAAGAUCACACAGACAAACAUGCCACAUUUUGUGUGCGAGCUAGGACUGUAGCAAAUUUAGUCAAUUGUACCUAAGCUGUUACUAAACCAGCUCCCUUUUGACGUUAAGGAAAACCCAGUAGUAAUUUACAGUCCCAGAGGAGAAGAGCGUUUUAUACGAUUGUAAAGUUUUUUUUUUUAGUUGUUGUUUCAAAGAAUCAAUCCAGCUAGAAGCCAUUUUCUAACAAGGUGCUUCUGGAUUUUCAGUAGCAGCACAUGUACAGUUAGAUACCGUAUGUGAUUAAUCAGCUUUUUUGAAGCAUACAGCUUUCAUAUUAGUAAACAACAAUAACAGUAACCUGCUCACAAACACAAUAUAUGUGUAUCUUAUGAUUAUAAUUGUGGCUUGUAGACAUAUUUUUCAAAUGUUGUACAUAGGAAGUUUCUGAUUUAAACCACCCUGCAAUUAAAACCUGGCUAUUUUGGGAAAAUACCAGUCAACUUGAGAUUACUUGAGUGAAUUGUAUUUAAAAAAGGAAUGUGGACCUCCGUUUCAUGUUUCAUAACCCCACUGUGCUACAGAAGGAAUCAAAAGAGGUACCGCUAGUUCUCAAAUGCUGUGAGCUGAAGGUUUGUGUGCGUUUUUGUGCAUUUGUGUGUGUGUGUGUGUGUGUAUUUGUUUUUCUGUUUCUCUAAAAUUUCCUAAAUCCACAAGAAAGCUUGAUUUUUGAGAGGGCAUUGUUGGUUUUUGAUUUGCUGAUUUUGAUUUGCACAGACACGAUAAUGUGAUAUUUGGUAUAUUAGAUGUUCUGCUAUUGUGUUGGUUAUGUUAUGUGCUUUGGGUGGGGGGUGGGGGUCAGUAUGGAAGGUUUGUGAACUGGAAAGGUCCAAGAACUUUUAAUGUUUGCCUUUGUGAUGUAGCUGGUUGGUGGUAAGCGACUGUCGGAGGACACAAAUCAUAAUUAUAUUAGUUCAAAAAGAACAAAUCAAUCAAUCUGUGGUACCCAGGCAAAUCCUAUUUCACCGACCUGUCAAUACACUGUAUGUUGAAAGUUUUUGAUGGACCUCAAACUAGAUGUUGCAAUGUUAUUUACAGUAGUCCCUCCCCCCCAACCUUUCCCUUUUUUAAAUACACAGAUAUAUACAUAUAAAAGAAAAGAUGUUAAAAGGCUCAUGGGAUGUGAAGUAUUUUUGAGAGAUUCUAUUUUGCUGGACACAAUAUAUUAGUAAUUUGUCUAAAAAGAGUAUAUGAGAUCUUUUGUAAAGUGAAAUGUUUGUGCAUGCUUUUUGAAAAGAUGUUUACAGUGUAUUUAAGAAGGGAAACUUGUGCCUUUUUUCUCACUAAAGUUACCAUUUUACAGUAUCUAUUGUAAAUAAAUCAGAUAAUUAUUAUGUUGAGUUGUAUGGAACAUUUCUAAAUUAAAUAUUUGUCGGCCAUCGGGAUGUCACACGUUUUCCCCCUUAACAGUUACUGACUGACCGUAGUCAAUCAGAAUCCAGAGCGAGACCCAGAGAGCAUUAUGGAUACACAUUUUUAUUUUUAUUUUUCAUAUUUAUUUACUUUUCACAGCAAGAGAAACUUGUUUACUCCCUGAAUGUCACUAACUUUAAACUUGUCAUUUUGGUCUGUAGUGAUGUGAACUAAUUGUAUGUUUUUGUGGGUUUUUUUUUCUUACCCAUCGCUUCGCCUACAAAUCUAAAAACAAACACAACACAGAGCUCACUUCAGAGGUUAGCUACUUUAUGCUUAAAGGAAAAGUACUUUUGGUUGCCAAAAAAAAGGUAAAUAUAUACAUACAAGUCAAACCAAGCAAGAAAACUAAAUUAACUCUUUAGUUUUGCACUGAAAAUAUUUGUUUUCAUCUGUGUUUCACAAGUUAUUGAUGUCUUGCGAACUAGCAAUGCUCUAUAUUAUUAUUAUUUAUACAGUAUAUGAAAAAUAUAUGGAUUUUUUAAAAGAGUAUACAAAAAAAAUCAACAUAUAUGUACAAAAAACCUAAAGACAGAACUAGGAUAAGGAGCACAACUGAACCUAAAUAGCCUGAUAUGAAUUCAGAUGUCUAUCAACAACUUAAAGAGAAUAUAGAAUGCCAUGCUUGUUGCAGCAUGUUUGCAAUUUGCGUUACUCCAUCACCAAAUGAUGAAGCUUGAAAUACUUAAAGUUAAUGUGGAUCCACUGGAUGCUUUUGGGUUGCUUGUUACUUCAGCUUUGACAGUCUACAUAAGUCAUUUUAGAUGUGUUUUUGGGGAGUCUAACAUGUAAAACUAUGCAUUUGUACAAAUCACAUUACCACCAAGCAGCACCUUUGUGCAAAAUAAGGGCAAAGCAUGGUCAAGGUAACCAAUAUGUUGAAACAGAAUAAAACGCAGCUUACUAGUGAAAACCCACUGAUCUCAUUUUGUGUUUGAACAUUAACAAUCAUGUGUUAAUGGAUGUUGACUUUUUUUUUUCUUUCGGUUGGGGGGGGGGGGGGGGCUGGUGUUAAACAUUUGUUUGAAGUGACAAAGCCAUAUCUCUUUUGUGACAAAAGAGCAUUUCCUGUUCACAUUUUGAUUUUUCCCUUUUUUUAAAUCAGUGCUUUGUACAAUACUUGUUAGCAAAUCUCCUCAGUACAGAAAUAUUCAACAUGAGCAAAAGACAGAUGCAAUUAGUUCCUCUAAACUGUAUAUCUUGUUGCAAAUCUUGCCAUAACUUGUGUUUGCAGAAACAUCAAGGGAUUCCAAUAAACCUGUUAACAAUUCA